AUGCCUACUAGUACAGACGUGGGCGAUGUAUCCUCUGUACCUCUUGGUACUGGACCUCCUACUCGAGAAGAACUGUUAGCUCACUAUCCUGCCAAAUUUACAUGGAAGCAGAUCAAGACAUUCGUAAACUCUGGGCAAUUGAUCAGCGAUCUGGGUCUCUUGAAGCGAGAUAAAAAUCUUCAGAAAAGAUACAUGGCCUGGACCGCUGGUAUGAAACAAGAAUACGGCUCCAUCGUGAAUUAUUUAUUGAACUAUCGCCUGCAAUGGGGAAAGCCAGAUACACUCUCAGUUUCACCUUCGGCUUUCAGGGAUGAGCCUGACAAUCGCACACGAGGUUCCGAUGCCAAUGUUCCACCACCAUAUUUUACUUCCGAUACCCCAGAUAAGUAUGUCAGUAUUAUACAAAAUGACUGGCCGUAUUUGGUUCCCCCCGAAGUAGAGCAUUCUCUCGUGUGGACCAAAGUCCCAAUUUUCCAUCCCGAAAUCAUUCCUCCAUCUAUUGCGCCCAGGAUCGAGCAAGACGGAUUGUGGGGAUUCACUGGUAACACGUCGCCUCCUCCGUCGCCUUCAAACCUUUCCUCCUGUCUCCCCGCGCUAUCUGAAUGGGGGGUAACCAAAGAGAAAAUGAUUAUUUCUCAAAAGGGCACGGAAGAAGAGGAAACAUUGGUACGCCAGGUAGGUAGCCACGUACAAGGAUACAUUGAAAGAAAAUGGAAGGAAAUUGAGUGGGAGACGGCUUGGUUUGUGAACCCUCCACGUCUACAGAGUGUACCCGGACUCGCACAUAUUCAUGUAUUUGCUAGACGAAAGAUUUAG